UUUUAUUUCAAUAUUUUUUUACGGGGUAAAUUGUGAAGUUUUUUUAAACAUUUUAUCGUGGUGUUAUUAAAAUUGUUGAAACAUAAUUAAAAAAAUAUGGAGGGUUUUGAUACACCUGGUAUAUUUUUCUCUGAUACAUUCGGUGACGAUGACAAUUUGGCAUCAUCAUUGAUGAACGCAAGAACAACUAAAAAAUCGUUCAAAGAAUUCUUGAAAACAUACAACGAAGAAAAUUUUAAUUAUAAGUAUAGAGAUACAUUAAAACGAAAUUGUAACUUGGGUCAAUUUUGUUUGGAAAUAAAUGUUGAGGAUUUAGCUGGGUUUGAUGAAAAUCUUGCAGAUAAGUUGUACAAACAGCCAGUGGAACAUUUGCCGGCAUUUGAAGAAGCUGCUACAGAGUUAGCAAAAGAAUUGCUUGCUUCUGACAACUUAGAAGAUAUUGAGCAUGUUCAAAUAUUACUGGCAACUAAUUCAUUGGCUUCUUCUUUGCGUUCUAUUAAAUCUGAGUCGGUUUCUCGACUUGUCAAAAUUCCUGGUAUUAUAGUAUCCGCUUCAAGUAUUCGGGCUAAGGCUACACAGAUAACAUUGCAAUGUCGAUCUUGUCGAAAUGUAGUGCCACAUUUACCUGUGAAACCUGGUAUGGACAGUUAUAUUUUGCCAAGAAAAUGUACCACUGAACAAGCUGGCCGCCCACAAUGCCCUUUGGAUCCUUAUUUUAUUAUACCGGACAAAUGCAAAUGCGUUGAUUCCCAAAUUUUAAAAUUACAAGAAUUAAGUGACUCGACACCUCAAGGAGAAAUGCCACGACAUGUACAAUUAUAUUGUGAUCGCUACUUGUGUGAACGUGUAGUUCCAGGGAACCGUGUAAUGGUUGUUGGUGUUUAUUCUAUAAAAAAGGUUAAGACUGCAAAAAAACAAAAAAUUACCGAAAAUUCUCGUACUGUGGUUGGUGUGCGUGCUCCCUAUUUAAGAGUUUUAGGAUUCCAAAUGGAUGAUCAGGUUGGAGGUUCUACUUUUACUAUUCCCACUUCUGUUGAAGAUGAGGAACUAUUCAGAAAAUUGUCAUCAUCUCCUGAUAUUUAUGACCGUAUUGCCAAGUCUAUUGCACCUUCUAUUUUUGGAUUUAGUGAUAUAAAAAAAGCAAUAGCUUGUCUGCUGUUUGGAGGUUCUCGAAAAAGACUUCCAGAUGGUUUAACUCGGCGUGGAGACAUAAAUUUAUUGCUUUUGGGAGAUCCCGGUACAGCCAAAUCACAACUUUUAAAGUUUGUGCAACAAGUUUCUCCAAUUGGUGUGUACACAUCUGGUAAAGGUUCUUCAGCUGCUGGACUCACAGCUUCCGUAACUCGUGAUCCAACAUCUCAUAAUUUUGUGGUGGAAGGUGGAGCAAUGGUUUUGGCUGAUAGUGGUGUCGUUUGUAUUGAUGAAUUUGACAAGAUGAGAGAAGGUGAUAGAGUUGCGAUUCAUGAAGCUAUGGAACAGCAAACUAUAUCAAUAGCUAAGGCGGGCAUAACAACUACUCUUAAUAGCCGUUGUUCAGUGAUGGCUGCUGCAAAUUCGGUAUUUGGUCGAUGGGAUGAUAGUAAGGGAGAAGAUAAUAUUGAUUUCAUGCCUACAAUCUUAUCUAGGUUUGAUAUGAUAUUUAUUAUUAAAGAUGAACAUGAUCAAAACAGAGAUAUGACAUUGGCGAAGCAUAUCAUGAAUGUACAUUUAAUGAAUGGUCAAACCAAGCAAGAAGUUGAAGGUGAAUUACCUUUGGCAACAAUCAAAAAGUUAAUAAAUUACUGUCGUCAACGUUGUGGACCUCGAUUAUCUGAAGAAGCUGGAGAGAAGCUUAAAAGUCGUUAUGUUAUUAUGAGGACUGGAUGUCAUGAAUUGGAAUCUGAGAAAAAACUUGCCAUUCCUAUUACUGUCAGACAACUAGAAGCUAUCAUUCGUAUUGCAGAAUCAUUAGCUAAAAUGCAAUUGCAACCUUUUGCUACUGACAGCCAUGUAGAUGAAGCUUUAAGAUUGUUUCAAGUAUCUACUCUUAGUGCAGCUACAUCAGGCUGUUUGUCCGGAGUAGAAGGUUUUUCAACUGAAGAAGAUACAGAAACAUUACAGAGAAUUGAGAAGCAGUUGAAACGUCGAUUUCCAAUUGGAUCUCAAGUGUCUGAAUUCAGUAUUAUUCAAGAUUUUUUGAGACAAAAAUAUCCACAAAGGGCCAUAGACAAAGUUAUAUAUUUGAUGAUCAGGAGAGGUGAAAUACAACACAUUAUGCAACGUAAAAUGUUAAUUAGAUUAAAAUAAUAAUUAAAACAUUACAAGUAAUAAAAUAUUUUCAUUUAAAAUGUAAUGUACCAAUUAAAAAUGUAUUUCAUAUUAUGU